UGUUGGACCAAGGACACAUCUGAAAGGUUGAGGACUCUGGCCCUCGAGGACUGGAGCUUGAUAUCCCUGCUCCAAGCGGUCUUGUUCCGGUUGUUUUCCUCCACACUCUACACAAACAAGCCUCUCCAAGGGGGAAAAUGAACCAGAGUUCAUUUUAAAUGGGUUAAACACCGCAGGUGUGAAAACCUUUAAUCCAUUUCUAGAAUCAGUUUGGAUGUGUGUCUGGGAUGUCCUGCUGCAACACACGGUAACAGACCACGGACCACAUAAGUAUCUGGGUGACCUGAACAGCAGGUGCUGGGGUGUUUGUGACCAUCAUUACAGGUCCUGCUGCAGCAUUUAAGGCCCACCACAUGGAGAAGCUGGUUGCCCACAUGUGCCAGGCUGGCUUUGCUCUGCAAAAAGGAUAUCUGCAGAUGAACUUCUAAUUGCUUGGCUGACUUUAUUGGCUCGUUGCAUGAUGUGGCUACACAACUUCCGCUAAUCGGAAGUUGUGAGGGCGAGUACUUCCUGUUCGGUUGUUCACCACCUAAAGCAAUGGCGCUGUACUACACCCGCUGCCUUCAGGACUUCCCAAAAGUUUCAGUUAACGAUGUUCUCCGCUUGAUUCGAGCCUUAUCAUCAGCGCCACGUUGCAAAAAAGAAAAGGGCUUCAAGUUUUACGUGUCGAAUUGCAUUGACAACUAUGAAGUUGAAGUUUGAAGACUGCUAUCCUGUACAAAUCGCCGAAGUGGAGUGUUCCUGUGCAGCUGGUACUGUGUUGUGCAAUCACAGUGUUGCACUACUGUACCAGACCGCACACUACUCUGCUCUGAAUUUGACUGCUGUGCCGCCUAUACUAAGCUGUAUUGAAUCGGAACAGAGCUGGCACAAACCAAGGACCAUGGGUGUGAAACCAGGACAUGUACGCGACAUGGUUUUUGUCUCUGCAAGACCAAAACAGCGCACAGUUGGAAAUGGAGUAAGGAGCAAAAGUUUUAAGGCAGUGCGGGGAGACAUGCCGGACCCUGAUGUCCUCAGAGUGGCAGAAGUUUACCAGAACUUUGCAGCAGACCUUGCUCCUCUGAUUACCACCAUGGCCAUCAGUGCUGAUGUCCCAUUAGUUCACUCAGCCUUUGGAAAAGUCCAGGAAGGCAGUCCUAUCACUUUCCAGCAUCCACUACCAGUCAGCCGAAUUAUCACUCGCCAGGUGGAGGCUCCUCCUCCAACGUCAUUGCCAUUGGACAACUACUACCUUGAGCCCACCUCUGUCCAGUUUGUCUGCACCCACCAGCAGCAACUAGAACUGGAGUGUCUUGCAACAACGCUGGAACAGUCACAACAAAUUGAAAUUGCCACCUGGGAGCAGAGCACAACAGCUGAAUGGCAUAAUGUCAGGAAACCCCAAAUAACUUCCUCUCAGUUCCAGGAAGUGUGUCAUGUAAAAGGGUCCAGUUCUGCUCUGUGUUUAGCGCAGCGAAUCAAGAAGGGAAUAGCAGCCACGGCAGCUAUGAAGAGAGGUCUUGUACUAGAACCAUUGGCUAUUCAACAAUACACCAGAAUCAAGAACACCAACUAUUGGCCUUGCGGCUUCAUCAUUCAUCCCGAUGCUCCAUGGUUGGGAUCCUCUCCGGAUGGGGUAGUUUUUGAUCCCACAGUAAGAACAACCUUUGGUUUAUUGGAGAUCAAAUGUCCCAAUGCUAAAAGUUAUGUUGAUUGUAAGUACUUAAGAAAAUGUAAUGGCACAAUGAAACUUUUGUCAAGUCACUGUUACUACUGGCAGGUGCAGGGGCGGCUCCUAAUCACAGGCAUGGAGUGGUGCGAUUUUGUAGUCUAUGCAGAGGAUGACAUUUUUGUCCAGCGGAUUUAUAGGGACCUUAGUGUGUGUCAGACAAUCAGAGAAAAGGUUGAUCAUUUCUUCUUUUAUGUUUACUUUUCCAGUACAUAGAUUAUUUUGUAUCGGCACGUGGAUGCCCCUCCUCCACAGCCAUUGCAUCAACAUUAAUCAUCCCAUGAAUUGUUUUGUUCCAACAGUAAUUUAUUAAUGGUUAUCUUUUCAACUGUUUUCCACCUGUUAACUAUAAGCAAUGUUAAUUGAGAAGUGUUUGGGGUUUUAAAGAGCCAAUGUUUUGAAAAGCUCUUAUAAACAUCUCUUAUUCAAAAUGCAAGUUUAAAUGUAAAGAGAUCAAAGAAAAUAAACUGAUAUGAAUAUAAAUGCUAA